GCUACAGGCAGCGGUUCAUUCCUGAGUGUAGUGCGGAGUGUUUCGCCGGGAGGGAAGAAACGCGUGUUCAGUUAAUUUCUGCAGGCUUCUCUUGAUGUAAUUAGCCGCGACACUGCUGGAAUAAAAUUAAAAAAGGGUUUUUGUCGGUACUCGUGGUUGUACUUAAAAGUGGUGUGGCAAAAACGCUGACUUAAGGAGUUUUCACCUGGCUGCAGCAGCUGACUUAUCAGUGUCUCCAGGAGAGGAGUCGCUCGACUGAUAUCAAAGGACAAACAGGCAGAUGCUAACAAGUAGUUAGCAGCUCUGCGAGUUAGCCUGCCGCUAGUCAGCUCUCCAUACUGCCACAGCAAGUCCCACCCUCCCCAAGUGCGUGGACGUCGUAAGAGGCUGCAGCUGUGAAGUCGACUGCUUUUUCCUCUCAACUUAGCCAGCAUCGCUGUACAGCUGGCUGGGGAGCUAAACUAGCCUCAAAACGCUAGCUCGGCGACACACGUAACAUUUAUUGGCUUUAACGUUGGACCGGGUUUUAGUGUGGAGGUAUACGGUUGAUACACUGGCAAAGAGACUGGCUAAAAAGAAGAGACGAAAUAAGAGAGAACAAGGAAGACACCAAGAAGGAGGGGACUGGCUAGUUUAGCCGGGGAGACAGAUUCUCACCAGAUAGAUAGCAUACGCCGCCACUGAGCCACACACAGCCAUGAGUAUUGAGAUACCAGUGGGGUUGACAGAACUGCUGCAGGGGUACACUGUGGAGGUGCUGCGACAAAGACCCUCAGACUUGGUGGAUUUUGCAGUACAGUACUUCACCCGUUUGCGGGAAACCAGAAGCCAGGAUGGGGCCGGAGCUGGUGGCAAGAUGGGGAAAGGAGUGAUGUUUGAUGGAGAGCCCAUGCAAACAGAGUCCAACGGGGAUGAUGACGACGAUGAUGAGGAUUCUGACUUUGAGCCUCCACCACCCAGCAGAUUCAACAGGAGAGUGUCAGUGUGUGCGGAGGCGUUCAACCCAGACGAGGAAGAGGAGGACACGGAGCCCAGGGUGGUGCACCCCAAAACAGACGAGCAGCGCUGCAGACUGCAGGAGUCCUGCCGGGACAUCCUGCUGUUCAAAACACUAGACCAGGUACAACUGAGCCACACAGGAAGAGACACGUACACACGGGGACUUGUGACUAGCUUACUGCUUCAGUCGCCCUAUAAAAACCACUCUGCAUUCGUUCUGUUUCUCCACUCAUUUCUUCAGGAUUUCCGCUUUUAAUUAGCCACUGCAUGU